CCAGCGUUGAAGCGUUGAAGCCGGAAAGCGUGGCAGCACACCCGGCCUCCCAUCCCUCCUCCCAGGGCCAUUCCAGCCCCGUCCCUGUUUCACACACUUUUCUGCUCCUGAUCUUUUGCAACGCCUCCAGCAGCAUCCCCGCUUGCCGAUGGUUUUAUCCGGCACUCGUGGUGCUGCUCCGGCCGCAGGGCUUGGGGCAGAGGCACGUGGCGGUGGCAGCUUUGUCCCCUCCUGCAGGUGACCCCUGGAUGCUGUGGGGCAGGUCGGUGGGGCUGGGCUUGGGCAGCCGCGUCCUUGGCCUGUGGGGGUGGGUGCUGCAGGGGGCUCGGCUGUGGGGUGUGGGGCAGCGGGGGUCGAGCUGUGCAUCGGUGCUGGGAUCUCGCCACAUGUAACAGGCAGGUGAUGGAGCCGCACAGAUUUUCUUUUCACCAGCCCAGGGCAAAGGUUUGCUAGGAGGGACUUUUUUCCGUCCCCUGUACCGUUUCUAGCUGCCAAAGAAAACGGGCAGCAUUCAGCGAGUUCCCAAAAUAGCUGAGAAGUGAGCUGUGAGUAAUCCCCCUCCCUCACGCCCCGGCGAGGUGUUUCCCUGUGCCUGUGCCAUUACCUUGCCUGGGUGGCCGAGGGGCUGCACCGCUGCUCUGAGCCCUUCCCGACCCCCGGUACCCGGAGGGGACCCGUGGAAAGCUGCUCCGUGCCGUGACUCCGGAGCCGUCGCCCGUGAGCCAUGGCCUACCACAGCUUCCUGCUGGAGCCCAUCAGCUGCCAUGCCUGGAACAAGGACCGGACCCAGAUCGCCCUCUGCCCCAACAACCACGAGGUCCACAUCUACUGCAAGCAGGGGGCCAAGUGGAGCAAGGUCCAUGAGCUGAAGGAACACAACGGACAGGUGACAGGCAUUGACUGGGCCCCCGAGAGCAACCGGCUGGUGACGUGUGGGACCGACCGCAAUGCCUACGUCUGGACCCUGAAGGGCAAUGUCUGGAAACCCACCCUGGUCAUCCUGCGGAUCAACCGGGCCGCCCGCUGCGUCAAGUGGUCCCCCAAGGAGAAUAAGUUUGCUGUGGGCAGCGGCUCCCGGCUCAUCUCCAUCUGCUACUUUGAGCAGGAAAAUGACUGGUGGGUUUGCAAGCACAUCAAGAAGCCCAUCCGCUCAACGGUCCUCAGCCUCGACUGGCACCCCAACAACGUCCUCCUGGCUGCCGGCUCCUGCGAUUUCAAGUGCCGGAUCUUCUCAGCCUACAUCAAGGAGGUGGAGGAGCGGCCCAGCCCCACGCCGUGGGGCUCCAAGAUGCCUUUCGGGGAGCUGAUGUUCGAGUCGAGCAGCAGCUGCGGGUGGGUGCACAGCAUCUGCUUCUCGGCCAGCGGCACCCGCGUCGCCUGGGUGAGCCACGACAGCACCCUCUGCCUCGCUGAUGCCAGCAAGAAGAUGGCCGUCGCCUCCCUGUGCACCGAGACCUUGCCCCUCCUGGCCGUCACCUUCAUCACUGAAAACAGCCUGGUGGCUGCGGGCCACGACUGCUACCCGAUGUUGUUCACCUACGAGGAGAGCCAGGGCACGCUGACCUUCGGGGGGAAGCUGGACGUCCCCAAGCAGAGCUCCCAGCGUGGCCUGACUGCCCGCGAGCGCUUCCAGAACUUGGACAAGAAAGCGAGUUCGGACACUGCCAACGCCAUGCUGGACACCCUGCACAAGAACAGCAUCAGCCAGAUCUCCGUGCUGACCGGCGGGAAGGCCAACUGCUCACAGUUCUGCACCACUGGGAUGGACGGCGGCAUGAGCAUCUGGGAUGUCAAGAGCCUGGAGUCGGCACUGAAGGAUCUCAAGAUCAAAUGAAGGAGCCAUCCGGGAAGGGCAUCCCGGCUGCCAGCCUGCUCCUGCCGCGCCUGCCUGCUUUGCCCCGCGAGCCCCCGCGCCCCGCGAGCUGGCCACGAUGCCACCGGCACGCGUCCCUGGCUGCCAGCCAGCCCCGGCGUCUGCUCUCAGACAAGAGAAAAAUGAUUUUCUUUUUUACUAUUUUUGUUACCAUCCUACCUGAUGCUGGUCAUACAUAGCUUGAAAGAAAUAAAAAAUAAAGUAAGGAAUUUCCUGUAUAAA